AUUUUAACCGGCAUUUAUAUACCAAACCAAAUCGGACUUCUUAUGCUGGUUUUCUCCGGUUCGGAGAGUCAUCAACUGCACCUCAUUUUUUCCUUUACCCAGAAUUCAGAUUUUGCAUCUGAGAGUUAGGGUUUCUACGCCCCGGAAAACGCUCUGUGAAGUUUGAUAUCCAAGGAAUUUCCUUUCUCCUGGUACUUGAUCUCCUCCUCGAUCAUAAAUCUCAUGGGUCAUCAGUUGCUUUGGUGCCCUGAGAUGGAUCUGGAAACUGAGAAUAGAAUAGCUGCUAUUCUCUUAAGAGAAGCUGCCGAAUUGAGGAGGCAAGCUGAAAGAGAAGGCGUCCGAGCAUACCUUGAGAAGCCUAAUGUAAGGCAUCGGCCUAACUCGAGAUUUCUCACGGCCACCGUCCUCGGUGUUCAACAAUCAAAUAAAGCUGUAGAAGUCAGUGAGAUGUGGAAGGCUCGGAGUAAAGAGCUUGAGCUAAAUGAAAGGCGCAAAAGAAAAUCGAGAGAAGAGAGCAGCAGUCACCGCUGGAGUGAGCACGAUGGCAGUUGCUCGAGAAGGAGCUUGGAUAAGAGAUACUCCUCGGCUGACGAGAAUGAUACUUGUGAGGCAUCAUCAAGCAGGAAAACUAGCAAGAGAUACGAUUCGGAAGAAGGUGAAGGCUUAAGAGAUGAGGAGAUCGAGACUUUUCUCCAGUCAAGGGUAAAGCGUGGCAGAGGGGCUAUUGGUCCGAGGAUGGAUGAAACAGGUCCGUAUCUUCCCACGAGUGGCAAUGCCAUGGACGAACCUUCAAGAACUAUCGAGACAGGAGACAGGCAGGUUUCCCUACGACCAGAGGGGCCGCCUCCUCCAAGGCAAGACUCGGACUCAUCCUCUGAUGACGACGAUCUUCCCAAGGGUUCCCGUAAGAAGCUGAAGAAAGAAAAGGGCCGUGAGAGGAAACACAAGUCAAAGGAGAAGAGGAAGAAGAGGGAUAGGAAGAAGAUAAAAGAAGAGAAGAGGAGGAAAAGGGGCAGAGACUAGAGUAGAGAUAUUCUUGUGAUGUGUGAUAAUAUUGCAGAGGAGAUGUGUAAUCUGAUCAACUUGUCAACUUUUGUGUACCAAUGCAAAUAUUCUCUGCAUUCAUUCAACGAGUCAGAAUAUUUUAUAUCA